UUGAAAAGAGCAUCCUCGUGAAUUUUUUUUUGUUUCAAAGUGCAAUAAAACUCCCAUUAAUAGUAUAAUAUUAUAAGAAUAUCACAGUGUAGGAAAGGAGGAUUCUCUAAAGCAUAAGUUUCGGUCAUAAAAAACCGAAAACAUAGGUUAAAAGGCCGUCGACACUAGCUGACAUGGCCGCCAAGUAAACUCUUGUGUUCGUGACUGACUGUGCGCAACAGGCGGCCUUGCGUUUCUUCACCCUCUAAAUAUAUACAGUGCCACCCUUGAUGUGCAGUGUCAAUUCAGAGCCAAUGCGACCCUUUCGGCAAGGAUUAAUGAAUGCCUGCAUCCGAACGGACGUUAUCCCGGUAGAUUACGGUAGCCGAGAAGAUAUUUUCCAGGAAUUUAAAAAACGUUCGAUCUUCAAAAGCAAGAGGGACAUUUAUUUCCAACACUUUUCAGGAAUGUGAAACAAUUGGAGACGAUGACGGACCAAGGUGGAGCCUGGUGCGGCCCAGGCCGCUAGCUACCUAGCCAUAUGGCUAGUCAUGGAGGCCCCACAUCCUUGCCGCGCACCCACCGUCCGCGGCCGCCUAUCAUGAAUGUUCCCCCCAUCACGGCCCCCCUGGCUCCGUUGCGGCCUGCGCCACCCGUAACCCUCACACUUCCUAGACCUGAGAAUGAACGUGCCACCAAUGAAUACGUCGAGACACCCUUCAGGGCCGCUCCGCCGUCUCCGCCGCCCCUGCAGCCUCCUAGGACGCAGAGGCCCACGCGGUUGGUGCUGCCUCCUCCGCCUCCUGUACCCGUCACCAAGCAGCCCGCCGCCGCAGCCAGUUUCAGUAAACAACCGCUUCCAGAGUGCGCGACGAGGCCUUCGAUCAUGUGCCCGGAGUGCGGGAGAUGCCGUUGCGAGUCAUGUCAAAAACCUAGGCCGUUGCCGCAAAAGUGGGUCUGCAACAAUUCGUGUUUGGUGUCCGCGGACAGUGUCAUUGACUAUGCGUCCUGUUUGUGUUGUGUCAAGGGACUCUUCUACCAUUGUUCGGAAUCAGACGGGGGCGAGAGUUGUGCGGACGAUCCGUGCGGCUGCGGACCAGACCGAAGAGCCGCACGCUGGGGGUGCCUCACGGCACUGUCGUGCGUUUUGCCCUGUUUGUGGCUGUACUGGCCUCUCCGAGGAUGUAAAAGAGCAAUCGAGGCAUGCUACGCCCGACAUUCGAGGACUGGAUGCCGUUGCGGACCACCCCUACCCACUCCCGAGAAGAGAUUGUUGGACUCGAGUCCUGAUUUUUAGAACGCGAGUGCGCUCGACUGCCUUUGUGUACCUAUUAUUAUAACUAUAUUAAUUUAUUUUUUGUAAAUAAGUGUAAUUUCUAACUGUUCAUAAUAGUGAUAUUCCGAGCUUCUUUACUGAGUGCCCUCGUCUUGGAAUUCGGUAUGGACUGCGAAGAUGGACUUGCGACGCGUGAUGUGCUGUUGUAAAUAGUUGCGCUUUGUUUGGGGGCACCAGUGACCGCAGCGGGUCUCCAGUAUUAUCUAGUCCAGCGUUGAGAAAUGGCCAUUUUCAGUUGGUCCCUAUGUGAACAUAAAAUAUAGCUAUUUUCUUAAUUAUCACACUUAGACUUCCGAGAUUAUGACUGUUGCACGUAGACCAAUUGGAAGUGACUACAUCUGUAUGACUGAGGAGUAUGAAUGAAUGAUAAUGUAGGAAUGUGUAUAUACAUAUAUAAGCCUAUUUCCUCUGAUAUUGUAUGGUUGUUGUUUUCCAUUCAUUACCGUUAUCUGAACCAGAAACAUGAAAACUAUUCGAAAUGUUAAAAUAAAUAAAAGCAAACCCAAAAGUAUGUAAUGAUUUUUAAAUCCCUUUUUUUCAGUUCCUUCAAUUUUAUAUUUACUUUUAGAGCGUCGCUCUUCAAGCGGUGCAGAAUAAUAGAAGUAUAAGCAAUUACUGCACCUGUUCCCGGCGAAUCUUGCACACUGGCUCUAGUACUGACAUAUACUUCAGUUUUAAGUACAUGACGUAUCUAUAAUGAGAAAAUUGAACACGUCAUGAUGAUUUCAGAGGAAACUAGGUAGCAUUUUUAUAUAAAAGGUUUUAGUCGCGCUAUAUCUCUAUAUAUAUUACUUACAAAACGUACAUGAAACAUCUAUCGUAUAAUAAUCAACGCGGAUGGAAAUCAUAAAGUUAAUUCACAUCGUAAAGAGCCAAGUUUAUCAUUUCAAUGAAAUAUAAAAGUACAUAUUAAUAAAACCAGACUGUAAACGUUAGAUUCGUAAUAUAAAAAUUGGAUUGUAUUAUAAUUUGUCUGGUUAUGUGAUAAGAAAACGGCGAUAAACUUGCCUUGUCAAUGUGAUCUUUAUUGACGCAAUCUAUUCAAAUUCUCAGGCAUUCGUUCAUAAAAUUAUCGUUCGACGAUCUUGAUUUAAAAAAAAAAAUAUGUUUUUACUAUCAGUUUAAAUAAUGGAAGGGCUGUAUUUAUAUAUCUAUACACACCGUGACUUUAGAGCCCCAAGGUCAAAUUUCAUAUUAAACUGAUUUCAAAAUUCAUCCUAAGCUCCUCUUUAUUUACUCGUAUAAAAUUUCGUAUAUUUCAAAUUGUACAUCAUAAACGUUAUCGAGUUUUAUGUGAAAACAUUUUCGCAGUUAUUGUGGAGUACCUAAAUUAAUAAUUUGACAUACAAGUUUAUAUCGCAGUUUUUAUUUUUUUCCAUAUUGGUACCAUUUGGUCUGACUUAUACAUACAAACAUACACACACAUAUAUAUCAUUAUCUUAUAAGCAUUCUUUAUUAUAUAGUUAAAUAUAUAUGAUAUUAUAUGGUGAAUAUUUUCAACCCAUUUAAAGUGUAUAUGUUAGAAAUACAAUUUUAACGGAAUUUCAAACAUUUCUAUCUAAAUUUAAUCUACAUUUGUUUCAUUGAAAGUAGUAAUUAAAAUUUGGCAUGCUGUUGUAAUUUUCAAAUGUGUCAUCUCUAUUCUCGAAUAGAUUGCUCUUUUUGUAAGUAUGUAUAUUAGUCUGCAGAUUUUACGAUAACAAAGUUUUUAAAUUCUAUUUUCUAGUUACGCAUUAAAUGCCAAGGAAAGUAGGCGCCCACUUGAAAUUUUGUUACCGUAAGUCUUGUGUGAAAAUGGAGGGUAGUACUCUCAUGAGUGCCAAACGGCGCUAGCUAUAUAGCAAUUGUAUACAUGUACAUAUAAAUUCUGUAAUAUUAUUAUCUAAUAUUAAUAACAAAGA